AUGGCGCUUGCGCGUGACGAAGAAGAUGAAGGUCAUGCCCGGGGGCUACUCGCCUCUAUGGCACCGCCCUCGUCAAGCCCCUUGCCACAAUUGAGCAUCGCCGACAUCGCCGACGAUGAAGGGACGGCCACGAAGAGGCAGCCUGAGUUCGGUGACGCGUGGCUGCUCCGCGCGCGCUGCAUCGUCAACCAGGCGCUCAGGGAAGGCCUUGCGAUCGAUUGGAAGCAGGAGUUUCUCCAGCGAGCGUCCUUCUCGGUGCUAAUCAUGGCGCACCACUCUGCGCAUCAGGCCUACGGGUCCCGGUAUGACCUCAACCUCUAUCGACAGCUGAAGAAGGUGGGCAUACCCAUCGUGGACGUUUGCCACCCGGAUUGCACCGAAAUUGAGACACUGGUCACGCAGGAGCGUAAGUGUGAGGACGCCGAGCUGGAUCCAACGGAUCGGUAUGUUCCGUUUGAAUGGGAGAAGAUUCGGCAGUACAGUGUCAUCUUCCUCUUCUUUGCCACGGCCCCCAGCGCCGAGAACGCGAUAAAAAUGGGCAAUAUGCUGUACGAUUUUCUGCGAGACGGAGGCGGCCUGGUGAUGGGCUGCUAUUCCUACCUGGACUGCAACGAGCUGCACGGAAAGUGGUCGCAGGUGCUCUACCCCAUGGCCAGUUCCGACUACGGGUCCGGAUCAAAGAACUGGGAGGAGGGCAAGUUCUUGGGCACCCACAUUGCUGAUCACCCGAUCAUGAUCGGGGUCAAGAACGUGGCCAUCGCUCGAGAUAAUCGCUGCGAGUCGCCGUUGUCGAAUGGUGCCGUUGCGGUCGCGCACUACGGAGACGGCGUUCCCUUUGUCGUGCUUUUGGACUCAGAGGCGAACAGGAAGAACGCCGCCGCAGCCGCCGCGCAUGACGAAAGCGACAACGACGAGAGUGUACGGUGGGGCUCGACAGUGUAUGUCAACCUCUUCCCAGUGGCCAAGAGCAAGAAGGAGUCGGGCUGGUACGAGGCCUCGACCGACAUACCCCUCAUCUUUCGAAAUGCGCUUUGGUAUGUCUCACGGAAGCGAGCCAGCGGCUGUCGAUCUCUGGCGCUACCAACGCUUCCUCUUUGA